AUGCCUACCGCGACUUCCACCCCCCUCCCGGCUACGCCCCUCGCUGAGGACUUUGCCAAGCUCGCCGCCGCCCCUAGCAAUGCCGACGCCAAGGGUAUCGCCGAUGCCAUCGCCCUGGAGCUGAAGAAGGCUCCGAGGACGCUCGAUGCGAUCGAGGAUGGCAAGGUUGUCGAUGUGAUCCAGCUUUGGGCCUCCUCCAAGUCUGGCUUUGAGCGCGAGUCCGCCCCCGUCCUUGUCGAGAGGCUGUGCCGCUCCCUCGGAGCCGGCAUUGAGGGCGUCUUCAUCCCCAUCCUCCACUCGCUCCUCGCCCUGGCCAUGGACAAGGGACAGCCCGUCCGCUCGGCCGUUAACUCGGCCAUGAAGGCCCUCGUUAAGGCCGCCUCUCCUGAGGCUACCCGCCCGCUUAUCCACGCUUUCGCCCGUGAGCUUGACGAGAGCAAGGGAUGGCGCUCCAAGGUCGCCGCCUGCAAGGCUAUCGAGGAGAUCGUCAAGCCCGCCACCACCGAGCUCGUCGCCGCCGAGCUCGGUGAGGUCCUCCCCAUUGUUGAAAAGGCUAUGCACGACACCAAGGCCGAGGUUUCAGCCGCUGCCACUAAGGCCGCCACCACCCUCUGUGGUACCCUUCCCAACCCCGACGUCCUCAAGCACAUCUCGUCGCUUGUCGGCGCCAUGGCCUCGCCGAACAACGUCCCGGGCACGAUCAAGACCCUCUCGUCGACCACCUUCGUUGCCGAGGUCACCGGCCCGACUCUCGCCGUCAUGGUCCCCCUUCUUACCCGUGCCCUGAAGGAGCGCUCCACCGACACUCAGCGUAUGACCUGUAUCGUCAUCGGUAACCUCGUCAAGCUCGUUCGUGACCCCACUGUCGCGGCCCGCUACCUCGGUGGUCUCGUUACCGGUGUCGAGCACAUUGCCACCGGUGCCGCCUUCCCCGAGAUUCGUGCCUUCGCCCAGACCGCCCUCGACAUUCUGCUCGGUGCCGGUGCCUCGGCCACUGCCACUCCCCUCCCUCCCCGCGACAUCAUCGCCGGUGUCAACGAGGCCCUCGCUGUCAUCGCCCCGAUCCUCAAGAUCGAGGGUCUCGCCGAGAAGCCCACUGUUCCCGUCACCAUGUCUUACCCCGGCCACCCCGUUGUUGCCGGCGCCCUCGAGUUUGAGGCCAACGUCAUCGCUGACCUUGUCGAGGCCCGCAACUUCGUCGCCUCUGUCUGGGAGGGCAAAGCCGUCGGUGGCUUCUGCAAGCUCUUCCUCGGUUCUGAGGCUGGUGCCGAGGCUGCCACCGAGAUCCACAAGGCCUUCCUUGCCAUCGACAAGCAGAAGUUCGCUUCUGACGAGCCCGAGGAGGACGACGGUGCUGAGGUUGUCUGUGACCUGCAGUUCUCGCUCGCCUACGGUGGUCUCCUGCUCCUGAACCACACCAACCUCAAGCUCCGCCGUGGCCACCGCUACGGUAUUUGUGCCGCCAACGGUGCCGGAAAGUCCACUCUCAUGAAGGCUAUCCGCGAUGGCAAGGUUGAGGGCUUCCCCUCCGAGGACGAGCUCAAGUGUGUCAUGGUUGAGCACGCUCUCCAGGGCGAGGACACUUCGUCGUCCAUCAUUGACUUCCUCUGCAACUCGGAGAAGCUCAAGCACAUUGACCGCAAGACCAUCGCCGACAUGCUCCUCUCCGUCGGCUUCACCGAGGAGAAGCAGACCCACCCUGUCUCGUCGCUCUCCGGUGGUUGGAAGAUGAAGCUCGAGCUUGCCCGCGGUAUGCUUGUCAACCCCGACAUUCUGCUCCUCGAUGAGCCUACCAACCACUUGGACGUCCAGACUGUCGCUUGGCUCGAGGACUACCUCAACAACCUCAAGGGCAUCACCUGCAUGAUUGUCUCGCACGACUCUGGUUUCCUUGACAACGUUUGUACCGACAUCAUCCACUACGAGCAGAAGAAGCUUGUCUACUACCCCGGCAACCUCUCCAAGUUUGUCGAGAAGGUCCCCUCGGCCAAGUCGUACUACACCCUUGCCGCGACCUCGAUCAAGUUCUCCUUCCCUCCUCCCGGUAACCUUGUCGGUGUCCGCUCCAACACCCGUGCCAUCCUCAAGCUUGUCAACUGUACCUUUACCUACCCUGGUGCCCCCCGCCCGUCGAUUAAGAACGCCUCGUGUUCGCUCUCGCUCUCGUCUCGUGUCGGUAUUGUCGGCCCGAACGGUGCCGGAAAGUCGACGCUCAUCAAGCUCAUGACUGGCGAGACCAUGCCCCAGGAGGGUUCCGUGCACAAGCACCCCGCUCUCCGUGUCGGUUACGUCGCCCAGCACGCUUUCCACCACAUCAACGAGCAUCUCGACAAGACCGCUGUCCAGUACAUCCAGUGGCGUUAUCAGGACGGCCACGACCGUGAGAUGAUGGAGAAGGCCACCCGCAAGCUCACCGACGCCGACAAGGAGAUGAUGGACCGCCCGAUCGAGGGCAAGAACGGCGAGCUCCGCAAGAUUGAGUCGCUCCUCGGUCGCCAAAAGCUCAAGAAGUCGUUCCAGUACGAGGUCAAGUUCAAGGGCUACGACCACAAGUACAACGCCUGGAUUCCCCGCGAGACCCUUAUCGAGAAGGGCUUCCAGAAGCUCGUCACCCAGUUCGAUGACCUCGAGUCCUCGCGUGAGGGUGCCGGUCAGCGUGACACCUCUGCCGUCGCGGUUCGUGAGGUCCUCGAGGCUGUCGGUCUCGACGGUGACAUUGCCCAGUACAACGAGAUGUCUGGGUUAAGUGGGGGGCAAAAAGUCAAGGUCGUCAUUGCUGCUUCGAUGUUCAACAGGCCGCAGUGUCUCUUCCUCGACGAGCCUACCAACUUCUUGGACCGUGAGGCGCUCGGUGGUCUCGCUGUCGCGAUCAAGGAGUGGGGAGGAGCUGUGGGCAUCAUUUCGCACUCGCAGGAGUUCGUCUCUGUCCUCUGCCCCGAGAUCUGGCACGUCGAGAACGGAGAGCUUACCCACAAAGGCAAGCAGAACCUCGCCGACGACGCGUUCGACAACCCGUCGCAGCCCGGCUCGCGCGUCCCCUCUGCCCGUGGUACUCCCCGUGGUGCUCUCACGCCCGCCGGCGUCGCCACCCCCGAUGUCGCUUCGAGCGCCGUCACUUCUGCCGUCACCUCUGCCGCCAACUCUGCUGCCCCUUCGGCUGUCAACUCGGCCGACGAGGAGGAGGACAUCAAGCGUCUGCAGAAGCUGGCGCUCAAGCCCAAGAAGAAGAAGAAAAAGACGCGUAACGAGAUCAAGGCGCAGGAGGAGCGCCGCCGUCUGCGCAAGCUCAACUGGCUCACGUACGGCGGUGUCCGCGAGCCCGACACGGAGGAGUCGGACUAA